ACGUAUGUGGGUGUUACGUAAACCGUUCGGCGCAAAAAUUCAAACGCUGAGCAGGAAGAAUAGCUGCAGCCUGCUCUGUUUCUCUACGGCCAUAUUACAACUUAUAACCGGCCGAAAGACAGCAACUCCAGAUUUUAGACCCUGUGAGUACCGCUAAGAUGAGUGCAGCCUCUACUCCGGUCUCCCGGGUACGUCAAGGAUGGACGUCAUCCUCCUUGAAGAACAAGGGUCUGUCCCCUGCAGCCUGCAGCACCCCGCUCCUGGCAGCCUUCCCCGGCAACGAUGAUGAGCAGGAGCGACGUCAGCGCCGAAGGUCAAGAGUCAUUGACCUUCAAACGGCCACUGACUCAUCCUUCAACGACUCUGCAUCUCAUAGUGCUGCAGGGACUCCUGCCGCUGUGCCCAAGCUGUCAAAUGCACAGAUCUCCGAGCAUUACUCCACCUGCAUCAAACUCUCCACCGAGAAUAAAAUCACCACCAAAAAUGCCUUUGGUCUGCAUCUGAUUGAUUAUAUGGCUGAUAUUCUCAAACAGAAGGACUCUGAGCUCACAAACUUCAAGGUGGCAGCUGGAACGUUGGAUGCGAGUACAAAGAUAUAUGCUGUUAGGGUGGAUGCUGUUCAUGCUGAUGCCUACAGGGUGCUGGGUGGCCUCGGGGCAGAGACCAAACCUGGAGAGGGCCACGGAGCAGACCAGCAGGAAGGGGAUGGAGGUGCUGGAGACGGUGAAGUGACUGCUAAGCAGCCGAGAAAAAAGAGGCCUCCUAAGAAGACAGUAGAGCAGAACCUGAGUAACAUCAACAGUGCUGAGUCGGAGAGGAAGUGCGAGGUGGACCCCAUGUUUCAGAGGAUGGCCUCAUCCUUCGAUGAGAGCAGCACGGCAGGCGUCUUUCUGUCAGUUCUCUUCAGCGAGGACAGUCGCUGCGAGCUGCUGUUUCCCUCCAACAUGACCCUCCUGAAGUCCAGACCGUCUUACUCUCCUCCACCUCCACAGGGAGUCCCUGCUUCCCCAUUUAUGGCUGGACUGCAGCGUUCCCAGGAGAAGAGCUCCAUCUGCCCCUCGCUGCAGGACUUCUCCUUCACUAGCUGGAACCCCGAGCAGACUAUGAAUCAGCUCCUGGAGAAGAUGAAGCAGGGCGAACACGUGUUUGAUGUAAACGCUGAGCCCGAGCCCGAACCUGAGGAAGACGACUGCCCUGACUUCGACGCUGACUACGAGGAGGGAAUGGGCGAGUGUGAGGAAAGAUCCAAGGAGCAUAAGGAGGGUUGUGAGGCCUCUGGCUCUGGCAAAGGAAGGGAUGUGAUUCCAAUUGGAGAGGGAGACAUUGCCACCAUGUGUCUGCAGCUGUCCUCUGAGCCCAGGGAGUACUCGUACUUCAGCCCCAGGACCAUGGCCACAUGGGCUGGACCCGGCUACUGGCAGUUCAAGCCGAAGCACAAACUGGACCAUUUGCCCGACAAGGAGCCACGUAAAAGAAAGCCCAAGAAGACCUUCGAGAUAGACUUUGGUGAUGAUGUCAAUUUUGACACAUACUUCCGCACCACAAGAGCCGCCACGACCAUCACCAAGUCUGCCCUCAGUGCCAGCAAUAAGAAAACGACUCUACCAGCAGACUUCCAGUUUCCACCAGAGACGCUCUCGCAGCUCAGCCUCAAACCCUCCAGCUCGCUGAGUCAAGAAGGCCAGAGGAGGCUGUCCGGAGAGCUCGGAGAAGGCAUCGGAGACUACGACUACAACAACGCCAACGACACAGCCAACUUCUGUCCUGGUCUUGAGGGUGGCGACAGCGACGAUGAUGCUGAAGGGUUUGCCGGUUCAGAUGACACGCAGCCCUCAGGUGAUAGUAUACCUCCGCCCUCACAAGAUCUAGAGGGCAUCUCAACAUAUGGGGAGGAUGAUCUGGUACCUGAGCCACACAGGGUCAACAAGAUUGAGAUCAACUACGCUAAGACGGCAAAGAAAAUGGACAUGAAGAGACUGAAGACCAGCAUGUGGACUCUUCUUACUGAAAGCCCAGAAAAACCCACAGAGGAGCCGCCGACUGUGGAGAAACCAGAGGUGUGUGGGGAGAAAGUCUUCAGUCAGACCACAAAGACGCUGCUUCAAAGGUUGCCGAACACGAUGGCUCAGAACCUGUCGGUGCCGCUGGCGUUUGUCGCUCUGCUUCAUCUCGCCAAUGAAAAGAAUCUGGAGCUGGUGAAGGUCGACGACAUGUCAGACAUCAUCAUACGACAAGGCCUCUGAGGAGAAGUAAAGGACCGGCUGUUUUCUGGAGGAUCUGUUAUUCUUUCACGCUGUUCUCCAACUUUUUUUCAUCUCUUUACUUUGUAUAAUAUCUGAUGUUUCUCUCUGUUUAGAUUUGAUGUUUUUAUUUGUUUUCUAGUACACACAGUAAUGUAAUCUUUCCUGCAAAGUCAAAUCUGGCACAACAUUUCUCUUUGCUUUUAUUCUGAGCUAUUGAUGCGUAUCUGUGUCGAUAAUUUAACUGCUCCACCUCCGCACAAAAAUGUAUAUUGUCCCAAAAAAUAAAAGCUUCUUUUUUUCUAAAAAAAAAAAAAAAAAA